AUGUCUUCUAAUUCGGAUACUGGGGAUUUGCAAGAAUCUCUAAAGCACGGACUUACACCUAUUGGUGCUGGGCUUCCGGACCGGCACGGACCCUACCCCGCCCGCGGCCGCCUUGUCAUGCUGCCCAAAGUGGAGACGGAAGCUCUGGGACUGGCUCGGUCGCAUGGGGAACAGGGGCAGAUGCCGGAAAACAUGCAAGUGUCUCAGUUUAAAAUGGUGAAUUACUCCUAUGAUGAAGAUCUCGAGGAACUCUGUCCUGUUUGUGGAGAUAAAGUGUCUGGGUACCAUUAUGGGCUCCUCACCUGUGAAAGCUGCAAGGGCUUUUUUAAGCGAACAGUCCAAAAUAAUAAAAGGUACACGUGUAUAGAAAACCAGAACUGCCAAAUUGACAAGACACAGAGAAAGCGCUGUCCUUACUGUCGAUUUCAAAAAUGUCUGAGUGUUGGAAUGAAACUAGAAGCGGUAAGGGCGGACCGAAUGCGUGGUGGUAGGAAUAAGUUUGGGCCCAUGUACAAGAGGGACAGGGCCCUGAAGCAGCAGAAAAAAGCCCUCAUCCGAGCCAAUGGACUUAAGCUAGAAGCCAUGUCUCAGGUGAUCCAAGCCAUGCCCUCGGAGCUGAGCAUCUCCUCUGCGAUUCAGAACAUCCAUUCUGUCUCCAAAGGCCUACCUCUGAACCAUGCUGCCUUGCCUCCUACAGACUAUGACCGGAGUCCCUUUGUAACGUCCCCCAUCAGCAUGACAAUGCCACCUCCUGGCAGCCUGCAAGGGUACCAGACCUACAGCCACUUUCCCAACCGGGCCAUCAAGUCUGAGUACCCAGACCCCUACACCAGCUCCCCGGAGUCCAUCAUGGGCUACUCCUACAUGGACAGUUACCAGACCAGCUCCCCCGCCAGCAUGCCCCACCUGAUCCUGGAACUGCUGAAGUGUGAGCCCGAUGAGCCCCAGGUCCAGGCCAAGAUCAUGGCCUAUUUGCAGCAGGAGCAGGCGAACCGCAGCAAACACGAGAGGCUGAGUACAUUCGGGCUCAUGUGCAAGAUGGCAGAUCAGACCCUCUUCUCCAUCGUGGAGUGGGCCCGGAGUAGCGUCUUCUUCAGGGAGCUCAAGGUUGAUGACCAAAUGAAGCUGCUUCAGAACUGCUGGAGUGAGCUCUUAAUUCUCGACCACAUUUACCGACAAGUGGUUCAUGGAAAAGAAGGAUCCAUCUUUCUGGUUACUGGGCAACAGGUGGACUAUUCCAUCAUAGCCUCACAAGCGGGGGCCACACUCAACAACCUCAUGAGUCAUGCACAGGAGUUGGUGGCAAAGCUUCGUUCUCUACAGUUUGACCAACGAGAGUUCGUGUGUCUGAAAUUCUUGGUGCUCUUUAGUUUAGAUGUCAAAAACCUGGAGAACUUCCAGCUGGUCGAAGGGGUCCAGGAGCAAGUCAACGCUGCCCUGCUGGACUAUACGAUGUGCAACUACCCACAGCAAACAGAGAAAUUCGGGCAGCUGCUACUCCGACUACCUGAAAUCCGGGCCAUCAGCAUGCAGGCCGAGGAAUACCUCUACUACAAGCACCUGAACGGGGAUGUCCCCUACAACAACCUGCUGAUUGAAAUGUUGCAUGCAAAACGAGCUUAG